UCCUCCCAUACCGGAAAUUAGAAUCCAGAAAGUAAAACUACCAAAAAUAAACAAUAUUUAUAUUUUUUAAAGAGGGGAAUUUUUGUAUAUCGUAUCGUGUUUUGUUUCAUUUUAACGUUUCAGUGUCAGUUUUUAUAUAUCUUGGUCGAAUAAAGAUGGUGAACAGGGAGAUAAAAUUUCAGGUGCUUGAGAAAUUACGAGAAAGCUUAGUUCAAGAUAUGCAGCCAGAAAAACACUUUGACUUUCUGAGAUCGAAAACAGUUCUUGAUGAAGAGGACUGUGAGGAAAUCACUGCAAAGACGACUCGAAGAAAGAAAGCGGGCUUACUACUUGACAUACUUAUGACCAAAGGAGAAAAUGCAUUUGAUUAUUUCUGUGAAUCAUUCAUUGUAUGUGGAAGAACACAACUUCAUUUACUUAACCUAAUAUUAGAUGCAUAUGAAGAACAGAUUUCAGAGAAUGAAGUUGAAUCAUUUGCAAGAACCCAGGAAGAGUUUUUUAACAAAGAUAUCUUAAAUGAACAAUUACCCCAGCCAGGGGAACCAGGUGCACCAUGUUUACCAAGUCAAGUGAUGCCAUACCUAAUAAUGAGUGAACCACCAACAGAGAUGAAUGCCAGUAUGAUACCAAGCUAUGAAGAUAUAACACCACCUCCACCAUAUUCAACUUAGUAAUUAGAUAUUGAUAUAAAUGUACAAAGAGUAUACAUUGCAUUGAAUCCCAUGUACAUAAUGUUGUAAAGUACUAGAAUAAACGAUGUUAUUAAACUAAU